UUGAAAAGAACGACAUCAUGCUUAGAAUAGAUUGAACUUGUGCUCAUAACAGGGCUGUGCUGACAGUGAGCAGCAUUCAUGGAGGACAAACAAGAACAAGCUCCUCUGAUGUUUAUUUUCCAGCAGAAGCAUCUUUCCAUCACAGAGUUCAUCAUGAGCAACGUGCAGCAACAACAAGCAGAGCAAUGAGAUGCAGGAGCCUUUUACCCCAGACGCCGCCCACGUCAGGUCCUUAGAAACAGAACACAACAUUAGAUCUUAGUUUUUUAAAUGUGCUUUUGCCCAUUUAUAGCUGUAUAGUUUGAAAAACUACUCUGCUUCCACUUUGCAGCCAGAUUCAGCAACAAGAUUUACACUUCGAUACCAAAACAUCACAAUCUUCUCACUCCUGCUCACGUGUCAUUUGCAGCUAAUUAAAUUGUCAGAAUCCAUUUGCACAUUUUUCCUGUUGUAAUUAGUAUUAGAAAGUAAUUAAUGGGGAUUAAUGUGCCUGUGGUUAAUUAGACUCUUCUCCUGCUAAGUUUGUGAAGUUGUGGAUUGUGCUAACAGUGCAGGUAUUUAUUUAUUUUCCUGACCAAAGUUUCUUAAUGGCUCCUGGUGUUCACAGGUGCUUAAUGAAGCGAACAACAGAUGACAACCCUCUGCGAGUUUCUUUUGCGCUAACUCCUCUGUUCUGCUGCUGGAGUCAGAGCGACGGUCUGAAGCAUCCUGUGCAGAGGGAGCAGUUUUCACGCUCCUUCAUGAAGGUGACACUCGUGUCAGUGAUGCCCUGGAGCACAGUGACAGGCUGCUGCGGCACUCCUCCCCGCUGUGCCGAAAGUGCACACGAACAGUAUGACACACGUAAACAGAUUCUCACACAACCAGUUAAAAAGGUGAAGAUGUGAUCACCUAUUUCACUGGCAUGUGUGAGAAAAUACUUUGCAGCUUAUAUCACUUUAAUGCUACAUUUAUUCAAACUUUAUCUAAAUUAUCAAGAUGUUUUCAUAUUAGCAUCCAUUGUAAAAAUCUAAUAUAUGUGAAAAAUAUAUAGCAGUAGGAGCGCUGGCAGCGUAGUGGUUAGUGCACGCACCCCACAUACGUAGGCUUCAGUCCUCAAAGCUAGUGGCCCAGGUUCAAAUCCGACCUGCGGCUCCUUUCCUGUAUGUCAUUCCCAUUCACUAUCUCAUCUCCUUGAUUUCCUACCACUGUCCUGUCUCUACAGUAAAAGCCCCCCACAAAAUAUAGCAGUACUAUAUGGAGUAUGAAAUGUAAACAAAACUUAGGAGAAAUGUUGAACAUCACAUAUCCAAUGAAAAGAGUAAAAUCACCAAUAUAGAACUCUUCUUCACAAGUGUGGUCUGUAGAUUCAAAUGAAUUUAGUGGGAAACACAGGCACUGUAGUUUAAUUUGAAUUCACCCCACAUUCUUCAGUAUUUAGCUUUAGCUGUUACUAGUUCCCAAUAAAUGCACAUUUUAAUCCGAUUGAGUUACUUUAGCUAAAAACUACAUUUCCCAGCUGAAUUAGGCAUUUUCUUUUAAAUUAAUGUGUCAGUCUGUUUUGAAAUAAUUGUGCCAAGAAGAGGAACAAACAGGCCUCAGGUGAAUGCUAUAGACAGGCUGGGGGCAUUCAUGCUAAGCUACUAUUGCAUUACCACAUUGUUGGUUUUUGCUCUUUUCAUCAGAAGUGUUGACUUUAAACUACAGUAAAACAUCUGCAGCUUUACCAGUGUUAAUGGUAUCCCUUUAUUGCCCAGUUUAAGCAGUACACAAGCUCUGGAUCUUUUCAGAGACACGGCAGGUAGAGCAGUGUGACAUCAGCUCUGCACAUCAGAGACCAGAGUUUAGAUGAAGAUAAUCAGCACUUUUGCAUUCAUGGUAUCAGGAAGUUUGCAGCCAAACUCUCCAGAUGGGCAAAGAGCAAUCAAGCCCUCAGAACCACAACUCCCUCAUGAGCCCGGCCCAGCAGCACCCAUCAAAAAGCUGCCUCACAUGGUUUCACUAUUCCUUUCUCCCUGCUGUAUGAUAUGGAAAAUAAUUAUGAUUUUCAGAGACCACACUUUCAAUUAAAAUGGAAACAGCUUCAUUUGUCCUUAGCAGCUGUUUGAACAAUCGUUACAGUGAAGGGCUGCUGUAUUUCGCUUAUCAUUUCAUAUGUGGUGAAUCUUUUUUAAGGCGUAUUUUUACUUCCUUGUUGUCUUUGACCUUCCGGACCCACUUCAGACUCAUAUGUCUACUUUUUUUUCCUCUGUUGAUGCUGAGCUGAACUGCAGAGCAGCACAUCAAAGCCCCACCCUCUGUGAGUCGGCCAGAUGUCCCAUGGUCAUUUUUAAACUCACACCCCGGCACAUGACAUGGAGCAGUGUGGAAGCAUGUAGACAGAGGUGGAUGGCCCGCUUGGAAAUUGGAAAAGGAAGCCUGUAUUUAUGAGGUGGUUUGAGGUGCUGUGUUAAGACAGGCUUAGCCUGCCACUCUCCCCCUGACAGCCCUGUUUCCCCCUGAGCUAGGGUGACCAGAGACUCACAGAGGUGAAGUAGUGAAGGCAGGAAGCCUGUCAAAGCAGGACCAGACCAGACCUGGACCCAAACAGACUCACAGGCAGGUGAUGCAGAAAAUCACACUGACAGAACAUGUAAUGUCACAAAAAACGGUUCACUGGAUUUUUAUUUUCCUAAAAAACAAACGGCAAACAGAAACUGUGCUUCCUAAUGUUGUUCUUUCAGCCCAGUGCAUGCUGGGAGAGGCUAAACCUUCUGUGACCUUAAAAAGGAUGUACUUUGUAAUGAAACUGAUUUAAAAUCAAGAACAAAUAUUUCAAGAAACACAAAUGAUUUAUGCAGUAAAACUCAUAGUCAACAUUUAGUUACCUGCAGCAUUCUUUUGCCUCUUCCUUCCACACUGACGUCAUCAAAUGUUUCGAGUGCCCCACUGAGAUUUAAAGUCUGAGGUCGGACGUGUGGUCUUCUCCUUACAGCCACCUUAACAAGCCCCCAGGCUGCUCUCCGAGGGGAGCCGCACAUCAAAUCUGUCUCUGCGUACCUCAGCCUGAGGUAAGAUGAGUGAUCUCCCAGAGCAGGGAUCCCCUCGCCUCCCCCACACAGCGGCUCUCCUCCCCUCUUCCUCUGACUCGGCGGCCGGCCCAUAUAUUUCUGCACAUGUUGGGGAAUGACCAGCAAGCAUCCCUUUUUUUUCUUUUUUUCUUUCUUUCUUCCCUCCAACACUGCCUGCAACACAGAGAUCAAUUAACUCCUUUCAAGUCAGAUCAAAGGCCGAAUACACCGUCCAGAUCCGUCCACAACCUGUGGGACAAUUAGCUCUCCCUUUGGACAGCGAGCAGGCCGGACAGAUGAAGGGAGGCUGCUGCCACUGUUCACAUACGUGUGAAGCAGUCGUAAACAAACAGGGAUUGAUCUCCAGCAUCUCCAUUAAAUCACAAUUACACCCCAACACUAAUGCUUCCAUGGGCAUGGUGGUGGCACAACUUUGGAGUGUGUGACUGUAAACUAAGUGGACAGGGGCGAGGGAGUGCAGCUUUCGUCCACAGACAGGUGCACUGACCCUGUCCACCCCCGAAGAGGAAAGAACUCGUGGAUUGAAGCUUGAAGGAGGUUAACCAGAGUUUUAAGCGCCUGUGUAUAGCUGCUGCAGUUCGUUGUCUGACCAGCAGAGGGCGAGGCCAGCAGCUCCGGCUCCGUCUUCAGAUCUAGGCUACAGGUCAUCGCUUGGAUGCUUCACAAAGAACAUCAGAAACAAAACAUCCAGGCCUAACUGAAGGUCUGGUGUCACUGGAGCGCCUCUCCGUGGGAGAACAGACCGAGACGUGCAUCAUGCUGGACGGCAUAAAAAUUGAAGAUCAUCCCCUGCGCUCGGGACAGGCCACUCUCGGAGUCAUGCUCGGGAGCGACUGUCAUCAUCCCUCCGUGUGUGAAGGAUGCCAGCGUCCCAUCUCCGACCGUUUCCUGAUGAGGGUCAACGAUUCCUCAUGGCACGAGGAGUGUUUGCAGUGCACCGUGUGUCAACAGCCUCUCACCACCAGCUGUUACUUCAGAGAAAGAAAACUUUACUGCAAACACGACUACCAACAGUUGUUUGCGACCAAGUGCAGCGGCUGCAUGGAGAAGAUCGCCCCCACGGAGUUUGUGAUGCGAGCUCUGGAGUGCGUCUACCACCUCAACUGCUUCUGCUGCUGCGUGUGCGACCGGCAGCUGAGGAAGGGCGACGAGUUUGUCCUGAAGGAGGGUCAGCUGCUCUGCAAGAUCGACUACGAGAGGGAGAAAGACUUACUCAGCUCAGUCAGCCCGGAUGACUCAGACUCAGAGAAAAGUGAUGAUGAGGAGUUGGAUAUCAAGCCAGAGAAAGGCAUCGCAGGCCAGGGGAAGGGGGAUGAUGGGAAGGAUCCCAGGAGGCCCAAAAGACCACGAACCAUACUGACCACUCAGCAGAGACGGGCCUUCAAGGCCUCCUUUGAGGUGUCCUCAAAACCCUGCAGAAAGGUGCGGGAGACACUGGCCGCAGAGACGGGACUCAGUGUUCGGGUGGUGCAGGUGUGGUUUCAGAACCAGAGAGCUAAGAUGAAGAAGUUGGCAAGAAGACAGCAGCAACAACAAGAACAACAGAAUUCUCAGAGACUGGGCCAAGAGGUGAUGUCCAAUAGGAUGGAGGGAAUGAUGAACUCCUUCACACCGCUGGCUCCGCCACAGCAGCAGCUGGUCGCCAUGGAUCAGAACGGCUACAGCACGGACCCAUUCCAACAGGGGCUCACCCCCCCACAGAUGCCCGGGGACCACAUGAACCCAUAUGGUAAUGACUCUGCUUUCCAUGACAUAGACAGCGACACGUCUUUAACCAGCCUCAGUGACUGCUUCAUGGCAUCGUCAGAAGUCAACUCCAUGCAGGCCCGCGUGGGAAACCCCAUUGAUCGCCUCUACUCAAUGCAGAACUCUUAUUUUGCAUCAUGAAAGAGAAAAAAAGUGGGGGGAAAAAAGAGGAAAACAUCAGCACAGAAUAAACUGCCCAUCUCAACCCUGAAGCACGAAGGCCGGGAGUUUUUUCUCCACCAACACGGACUUGACAGAAGAAACACCUCCUUGCAGUGUCUCCUGGCUAAGUGCUGAAGAUUACGCAAAGAUAGUAAAACCACUUGUUGUAGGACGGUGAAGCUCCUUGGGGGGUAAAGACUUAAAUAUUGUUAGAGAUUAUCCGGUAGGAAUGUUAUCCGUCACAGGAGAUAUUACUCUUUUCUUUGUUCACUUAAAGAAAACAAGUAGAUAUUGGUGCCACCUAUUACACAAACCAAAUAACACAGUGAAUUUAUACAGUGCAUGAUCAUUGUAAACUAAAUCUUUUUGUAAGCCCUGCCCCCCCCCCCCCCAUGGUUAAGAUGUGGUGUUUGAACAGUUUCUUCUUCACACUACAUGGAGUUCCAUGUUCACUGUUAGCAUUUUGAUCACUUUCAAUAGGUUUAGAUAUUGUGUUAAUAGUGAAUAGGUGCAGCAUGUCUGCAAGAGUGACUGUACAGUUGUGUAUGUAUGAGAGGAAAAAAAGUGCGGAGAAGUGGAGACAUGUAGGAUCAGUGAAGUGUAAAUACUUUCCCCAGGCAAAUUGGAUGUGCAUGUUAAAAAUGGAAAGCAUUCUAUUUAUUUAACUAUAACAGGCUCUUGAAGGUGCAUAUUAAAACUGAAAAGCUUUAUUUAAAAAGGAGAGCAUUUUUUUGUUGAGCAAUUAGUGAGUUCAUGAGUAUCACAACUCAUCUGUAUGCCUUUUUAAUAUGAAGAUUAACCCUUUUGUUUUUGUUUAUUUCCUCAGCCAAGCUGUAAAUGAGCAAUGUUGCUAUUUAUUUCGUACAGACCAUAUACCUUUUGUUGUCAUUGUCAUAUGUGCAUUCUCAAAAAAUGUUAAAGUUGCUAAUUGACCAAAGUUGACUGGUUUGAUGAAUAAACAAUGUCUUUCUCCUGAUAA